CCUGUUGGAUGCUGAGCCUCUAUAACAUCGCAGUCCAUAGUAUUCAGACACAGUUGAGGUGCUCUUUCUUGGGAAUUAAAGCAGAAUUGGAUCACAACUAACAGGAUUUUAUAUGGAAACUUUGUGUUCACCAUUUGUGGAAGAAACAAGCUUUGCCAGAACAAAGGAUGAAGAUGAGGCUGAAGAAAAUGAAGAGGAGGAUGAAGAUGAUGCACAAACAGAGGAAUCAGCUGACAGGAAGCAACGACUGGCAGCCUGGCCUCCGUGUUUUUACUGCAGAAUGGGCAAAGAGGUGUACAGCUACGCUGGCCAUGAGAUCGUCAUCGAAGAGGGUCUUGACUCAUUUGCAGGCAUGAUAUGGCCUGGGGCUUUGGCUCUCUGUCACUACCUUGAAACUCACUGUGACCAACUGAAUCUUGUGGACAAAGCCGUCCUGGAGAUCGGAGCAGGAACUGGUCUUGUGUCUGUGGUAGCGACACUUCUCGGUGGAUGGGUCACAGCGACAGACCUUCCAGAGGUUCUGAACAACACUAGAGCCAACCUAUGCAGGAACACCAGGGGUCUCUGCAGACACACACCGCAGGUGGCACCUUUGUCCUGGGGCUACGACCUGGAGAGCACCUACCCUUCGUCCGUCUACAAGUAUGACUACGUCCUGGCAGCCGACGUGGUUUACCAUCAUGACUUCCUGGAUGAGCUCUUGGUCACCAUGAAGCAUUUCUGCAAACCUGGAACAACACUGAUCUGGGCCAACAAGGUCCGAUUUGAGUCCGAUCUAGUGUUCACGGAGAACUUUAAAAAAGCCUUCCACACAAGUCUACUGGUCGAAGAAGGAGAGAUGAAGAUCUUCAUGGCAACGAGUAGGGAAGGAGAUGAUGAAGUAGAUCAGGGGCUGGAAAUCCAAGAUCUGUUGAGAGAAGAGGAUGGAAAGACCGUGGAGGAAGAAAGCAACAAAGACAACGGUGAAGACAAACCUUCCUGUGCGAGAGCUGAUAUACUGGACAAUUACAAUGAGGAGGAGUGGGAAGAAGGCAAAGAGUUUGAAAGUGAGGAGGAGGAAGAGGAAAUUGUGACCUCCAAAGAUGAUGAAACAGAUGAGCAAAAUGAGACUGUUGCGAGCAAUGACAACAUUUCUGAACAGGAGCGUUCGGACCAGACAGUAGUAAGGCAGAAAUGGGUUCCAAACAUCAUUUGCCGCGUUAACAAAGACAUCUACCAUUACGUAGGGGAGGACAUCGUCAUUUAUGAAUCCAUAGAUUCAUUUGGAGCAAUGAUGUGGCCAGCUGCCUUGGCUUUGUGCUCCUUCCUUGACAACAACAGGGACACAGUGGACCUACGAGGGAAGGGGGUGCUGGAACUGGGAGCAGGAACAGGAUUGGUAGCUAUUGUGGCCAGUCUACUGGGCGCUUCAGUCACAGCCACAGACCUUCCAGAGAUAUUAGGGAACCUUCAAGCCAACUUAAUGAGGAACACCAGGGGUCUCUGCAGACACACACCGCAGGUGGCACCUUUGUCCUGGGGCUACGACCUGGAGAGCACCUACCCUUCAUCCGUCUACAGGUAUGACUACGUCCUGGCAGCCGACGUGGUUUACCAUCAUGACUUCCUGGAUGAGCUCUUGGUCACCAUGAAGCAUUUCUGCAAACCUGGAACAACACUGAUCUGGGCCAACAAGGUCCGAUUUGAGUCAGACCUAGUGUUCACAGAGAACUUUAAAAAAGCCUUCCACACAAGUCUACUGGUCGAAGAAGGAGAGAUGAAGAUCUUCAUGGCAACGAGUAGGGAAGGAGAUGAAGGUGACCGGAACAAACUGAGUAGGCCUACAGGAUGCAGGCUCAAAGCCUAAGCAGGUUUAAAGGACUUAAAGUUGAACCUUUCUUUGUGAUUCAUUUUUUUCAAAUGUUGUCAGAUACCCACUAACUUUGUUAAAGGUUGGCAAACAUGCAAGAAGAUCGGUUUACAAAUGUUUUGCUCAAAACUCAGUAUGGAAGACAGAUUUAGGUCUAAGAUGGUUGGCUUCAGUUACCUGAGAAACGUUUAAAUGUCAGUAUCAAAAAUAAUAGUGGUCUUGGCAAGUUUUAGUUUGGCUGGUCUAACUUCAAUCAAGAAAAAUUAGGAAAAGUAAUGAAUGGUUUCUGGGAUGAUUUUGCCUCGCUCUCACAAUAGACAACUUUUUUUUAAAUAUACUUCUGCUGGUUUGGUUCUGCCAAAGCAUUUCGAACCAAUUGAAGUCUAGGCUUUGCAUAAGCCACUGAAACAACUGGAGUCUAUGCUUCUCUGCUGGCACAAGAUGUUUGUGAUGAUAUGCUGCACUGGGUUUUCACCAAACAAUGUCUACUGUGGGCUCACCUGUUCAAUGGAUAGGCCAUGUGGUACAACCAGAUGCCACUUUACAAACUUAACAUGACUUCUUGUAUUUUCUUUAACACAGACGCUGUUUUACUGGAAACAAACGUUUGAGUUCAUCCUGAAGUUAAUUUGGCAUGGCUUAAAUGAUUUCCACUUGUGAAUUACAGAAUUGAUUGGAAAUAGCCUUGAAAUCUAGAUUGAUAUGCAUCGACAGAUGCUUCUAUAAAGUCAAUGUCGUUUCCAUGUUCACAUUGUGUUAACACACAUCUGUAUCCUCCAAACACCCAGACCUUCUGCUCUUGUAGGAGGUGGUCAGACUUGCUGAGUAUCAGAUAAAUAAAAGAAUACACUUCCCA